AUGUUAGAGCUCCCGGAAAUUCUAUUGCAUCCAUACUCUCUAAUUGCUUUCCUUCUUUUUAUUUUUGUUACCAAAUGGUUCUUCAUUACUACAGGGAAUAAAAACUUACCACCUUCACCAUUAAAGAUUCCUGUUGUAGGCAAUCUCCUUCAGAUUAGUUUGGGCAAGAAGUACACAGAAGGGUAUCGCGGGAGAAAAUUCAAGAAGCAAUUGGAAGAGUAUGGUGUAGUAUUGGGCGUUUUCAAUGUUGAAGAUUUCAUUCCAUGGCUUGAUUGGAUAAAUUACCUGACAGGUUUAAAUGCUAGAGUGGAACGGGUUUUUAAAGAAUUUGAUAGCUUUCUUGAUGAAGUUGUGGAUGAAUCUGAGGCAAAAAGGGUAGAAUGGACAAUGACAAAGUUGAUAAAACACCCCCAAGUCAUGAAGAAAGCACGGGAUGAGAUGAGAAGGAUCACCGGAAGCAAACAUAGUAUAACAAAAGAUGAUUUAGAAAAAAUGCUAUACUUGAAAGUAGUUAUCAAGGAAUCUCUUCGUUUACGCCCUCCGAUUCCAUUGCUUAUUCCACGAGAAUCAUCUAUGGAUGUCAAAGUUCAAGGCUAUGGUAUUUUAGCGAAACCAAGAGUAAUGGUCAAUGCUUGGAAAAUUGGGAGAGAUCCUUCAUCGUGGGAAGAGCUAGAGGAAUUUAGACCGGAGAGGUUCUUGGAUAGUGCUAUAGAUUUCAAAGGAAAUGACUUCCAAUUGAUUCCUUUCGGAGUCUGGAAGGCGAGGUCGUCUAGGAAUAACAUGUGCUUCUCGCCCUAA